AUGCCAUCCUCAACCCCCGCCGGCGGCGCCUCCGCCACCCCCGAUGCCCUCGAAUCCGACCUCCUCACAAAGCUCUCUGCCACAUCUGCAUUGGAGGAUCUACAAGAAAGCCUGCUCAGCUCCCUACACCGUGUAGGGUGGACCGAGAAGAUCACAAGUCUCGCCACCGAGCUUCUUCGCGCGGGCCGGUGCGAGACCUUCGACGAUGUGAUGGAAGCAGUCGUCGCUUCCGCCGAAGGCAGGACACAUCCCGCGCUGGGAUCCAAAAACUCCAAACAAAACGGCGAAUCAACGUCAAACGGGACAAAAGAGACCAAAUCAAAUGGGACCAAAAAGGGAAACGAUGCCGCCAACAACAGCAACUCCAAUACCCCGUAUGAUCCGGUGAAAUAUAUCGAAGAAGUGGACGUGCGUAUCCCAGAACCUAUCGUGGAUGAGGGUGUACGCGGGCUGAAGGACAUAUUGCGGGAAAUGGUCGACUUGGAAGACGAGAAUACCUCGAAUGGCGACAAGAAGUAA